AUGGCACCACCGUCGCCGCGGCGAUCCUCGAGAGCCCGCGCGACCAAUUCCCAAUCCCAACACUCGUCCUCGUCGUCGGGGACAUCUGGACGCCUCGAAAGAAGCACCAGAUCAGUCAAUAAGCCCUCGUCGGAAAAGUCUACUCCCAGCGCCUCGCUCUCUUCCGAGCCGCUAGACGAUUUUGACGACACACUCCUAGGCAGGAGGCGCAAACGCGGGCACAACGACGACACCGAUCGAAUUUCCAGAAGUGAAAAUACAGACAUGGCUAAUGGUAGUGAUGACCUCCAAGAUGAGGAGGACGAGGCAGUCCGUUGUCUUUGCGGCUCAGAAGACUACCCUGGCCCCCCUCCCGUCGACGGUCCCGACGCCGAGAUUUUUGCGGCCAUAGACCUCACCGACGAAGUCACUGGCUUCUUCGUUCAAUGCGACAUUUGCAAGGUCUGGCAACACGGCGCUUGCGUUGGCAUAUUCAGCGCCGAAAGCUCUCCCGACGAGUACUUUUGUGAACAGUGCCGCAAGGAUCUUCACAAGAUCCAUUCAGCUUCCAACGGGCAAAAAUAUUCAAAAUAUCUCCCCUUGAAUCGAGCCUCUCGCGCCACCUCUCAGGCGACGUCCGUUGCCAAAGAUGACAAGAAUGCAUCGUCGAAAACCUCUCGCCCAAGCACUGCCACGCAGUCAUCGUCAAAACGACGAUCUACAAUGAAUAGCCGCGAUGCGGCCUACGAUGAUGAACAAUUGCGUCGGGCGAUAGAGGCGAGCAAAGAAGACAACACCCUCGACACAGAGGAAGCUACUUUGCGACGUGCAAAACGCAGCCGUAGCGAUAGCGAAGAGCACAAUAUUGCCAGCGUUAAGCGGCAGCGCACUGGUUCACGGUCGGUCUCACCGCCUGCCGAGAAACCAGAGCCACGGGAGGGUGAAAUUUCGGACGAUGAAAUGGAAACUCGCAAUGGCGCCAAGAAGUCAAGAAGCAAUCGAAAUCAAGCAGAAAAGUCAGAAAAGGAAGAUAAAGAACGCCAGCGACAGGAAGCAGCGACUAAACGCAAAGGGCGGGCGGAGCGUCGCAGGGCAGAAGACUCAGACCUCUCCGAGGAAAUGCCUCUAGCCGCUGUCAAAGUGGUGCAACAAAAACCUGCAGAGUCACCAACCAAGGAAGAAUCUCCUUCCAUUGUCCAGCCCCCAGGGACACCUCCAUCGACCCACCCGACCGCCGGUAGUUCUCAUAAGAGAGGAGCUCGAAGCAACAGGAGGGGUAAGGGAAGGAACCAGUAUACGAGAGACCGCGAUCAAGACGACGAGUCUCCAGCACGAUCCAUGUCCAGGGAUAUCCAGAAGGGUGACGAGGCCACAACGACCGGGCACCCUAAAUCAUCUGUCAACGAACACAAAACGUCCAAGGCGAAAGCUUCUAUGGCAAACAAAAUGAGCCUGCUCGACAUGAAGCGCCGCGUUGCUGCUAUUAUGGAGUUCAUAUCCCGGACACAGGUUGACCUGGCCGCCGAAGCCCCCCAUAGCCAAAGUACCAGCGGGCGGGAGACACCACAGGAAAAGCCAGAAUCAAGUCAAACAAAUGGCCAUGCCGUCAAUGGCGACACACCAGAUCCUUCCGAUAUGAACCGAUUUAAAGACUUGAAUUGCAUGGAAAUGAUGGACGUUUUGACACGCGAUAUGGUCAGGUGGCAGAACCAGUAUUCAUGA